AUGACUCCUAUUUUUUCAGUGCCUUGGUGCCCCACGGUGUUCGACGGGUGGUCUUGCUGGGACACCACUCCCCCGGGCACCAGAGCUUUCAUCCCCUGCCCGAGGUUCGUCACAGGGUUCGAUCCUUCCAGAACAGCGUUCAGGAACUGUCUGGAGAACGGCACGUGGUUCAGACACCCAGCGACGGGGAGACCCUGGUCGAACUACACAACCUGUGUCGACUUGUACGACCUCCGGUUUAGGGAGAUAGUGAACAACCUGUACAUCACCGGAUACUCCAUCUCGUUCGCUGCGCUUGUCAUUUCACUCGUUAUAUUUUUUACAUUCAGAAGCCUUCGGUGCACGAGAAUUGCUAUACACGUCCACUUGUUCCUUAGCUUCGCAGCCAACGACCUGAUGUGGUUAGUGUGGUACCACAAGGUAGUGGGCGACACCCGAGUCAUCAGUGAGAACAACAUCUACUGCCAAAUACUUCAUGUGGUCAUCCAGUACCUCAUGGUCGCCAACUACUUCUGGAUGUUCUGCGAAGGCCUACACCUCCACAUGGCGCUAGUCGUGGUCUUUGUCAAGGACAACUGGGCCUUGAGGUGGUUCUAUUUCCUGGGUUGGGGCGUCCCUGGUCUGAUCACCGGCCUGUAUACCUUCGUCAGAUACCACAGUAUAGAAGACACAUAUCAGUGUUGGAUGAACGACAGCCACACUCAGUGGAUCCUGACAGUCCCAGUAUGUCUGUCCAUGUUGGCGAGUCUCGCCUUCCUGAUCAAUGUGGUGCGUGUAUUGUUGACUAAACUCCACUGCAACUCCGCCAACCCGGCCCCUAUUGGCCUCCGCAAGGCUGUUCGAGCCGCCCUCAUUCUUGUGCCUCUCUUCGGCAUUCAUCACAUCCUCAUACCCUUUCGCCCCGAGCCAAACUCCUCCUGGGAGAAGGUCUACCAGAUUUUCUCUGCUGUCAUGGUUUCGUCUCAGGGCCUGUGCGUCUCUGUACUGUUCUGUUUCGCCAACGUCGACGUCCACUGCGCCUUCAAGGCUGUCCUCAGGCGUCUCAACAGGAGACAUGCGGCCAACGAGAACCUGACGGCCACGCAGACUCGGGAAGUUGUCUGAAGAAUGGCCCUGCCCCACCGCAUCAUGGAGUCCUUCGUCUGACCAUGACUGUGACCCAGUAAAAACCAAAAGGUCCUGCACAGACAUCGAUCAGAACUCAAUAUCUUAGUAGAAAUCCUGACAGAACACGAUGUGAUCCUUCCUUCCGCUCAAUGUAUCUGUUUGUGACUUCAAAAUGUCGUGUAAUAUUUGUAUAUAUGAUAGGCUAUCCAGAGAUUGUCCAAACCCUCUACCUUGUUUCACCUUAGCAUCUCUGCAAAUGAGGUAUUUGAGUUCAAAUAUAGUAAUCUAACAAUUACAAAGAUUGCAAUCAAUGAGCUUGCAGUCACUGAACCUUUGGUCAGUGUUUCAUCUUAGCGUCUCUGUACAUGAGGUAUUUGAGUUCAAAUGUAGUAAUCUAACAAUUACAAAGAUUGCAGUCAAUGAGCUUUACCUGUAAAUUCAGUCUUCGCGUUGAAAAUGACGUGGAGCUACUGUAUCUGUGAUAAGGGUUUUUAUAUUUUCAUCACAAGUUGAUGGGGGAAGAUUAUUACGUUUCCUGAGCCAAUUUUCAAGGUGACUUAUUUACUAUUAAGGCUUUGCAUCUUUACUAACCAUUUUAGAUUAUGUACUAACUAAAUAACGAUAUACAGUAGUAGAGUUAAUAUGUAAAAGUCCACGAACAAAGCACUGGUAAAUAUAUUGUUCUUUCGUUGUAUUAUUUUAUGUAACUAUAUUUAAGGAAUGAAUAAAGAAUCCAAAAUCUCUUUUUUAUUGCUUUGCUAUUGAGCUUUAAUGUACAUUGAGCAACAAGAACUGUAAUUUUUUGUUUAAUAUUUGUUAUUGACAAUGGAUCAUUUGAAAGGAUAUUAUGAUUUCGAACAUUUAGUUUUGAGAUUUAGGUAUUGCGAGUUUUGGAAACUGGCGGACAAGGUAGAUUUCAAUCCUUGAAACAUAGUGUUACAUUUUUUGUAACAUGUAACACUGUCAAAUGUUCGGAAUCCUACUAUCCUUUCAAGUUUAAUUUUUCACCAGCUCGUACAAUAACAUUUUAAAUAUAAAAUUCAAUAAUAAUUUUUUUUAAUGAUGUAAAAUUUAUUUUGGAACGAAUUUUCGUUGUUAUUUGUACGUUUAAAGGAUAUUUAAACUGGAAAUAUAAAUAU